GUAUCAUCGGGUAGAAGCGCCAGGCUUUUCCCUUCGUUAUAACGGCAGCUUCGUGAGCUCGGAUCUGGGGCAGUCCGCGUCGAAUCACGACCAUAAUGUUUCUAGCCUUCAUCGAUAUCUUGGCCCUCGCGCUGCUGCUGUAUAUCCUGGUGCAGAUUUUGACAUCGACAGGCAAACGACGAGGUGGUCUACCUCCCGGUCCUUCCGGCUGGCCCCUCAUAGGCAAUGUUCUCGAUAUGCCUACCUCACACGAAUGGCAGACGUUCGCCGAAUGGGGUGAGAAGUGGGGCGACAUCGUAUCAGUCACUCUGCUCGGCCAGCCGGUCCUUGUUCUCAACACAUCAGCUGCUGCAAUCGAGAUACUAGACAAGAAGAGUUCCAUCUACUCUGACCGACCAACGCUCCCUGUGUGUGGAGAAGUGAUCGGGUGGGACCGUACUCUGGUGCUCCUCCAUUAUGGUCCUGUCUGGCGGGAGACCCGUCGUCUCUUCUCCCAAACUAUCGGAACCCGUGACAGCCUCAUGCAUCUCUCGGAUCAGCUAGAACGUGAAGGUCAUCGUUUCGUAGCUCGUCUCAUGGCCAACCCAGCAGCUUUGUUUCAGCAUGUACGCGGCUUUACUGGCGCCUCUAUCUUGAACAUCACGUAUGGAUACACCGUCGAGCGGGAAGAUGACGACCUUGUUCGCCUUGUUGACAAGACUGUAGAACAGUUCUCACUCUCGAGUGCUCCUGGCGCAUUCUACGCAGACGUCCUGCCUAUUUUGAAACGAGUCCCUGCGUGGUUUCCUGGGGCAGGUUGGAAGAGAACGGCCUUAGCCUGGCGCAGAGACCUUGAGGCUAUGUGCGACAUUCCGUUCAAUUACACCAAGCAGCAACUGAUGUCAGGCAAAGCAUCUCCCAGCUUCGUUGCUAUGAACGUAGACCUCGACGGCGGGUCCGAACGCGAAUUCAUCAUCAAGAGUGCAGCAGCGUCGCUUUACAGCGCGGGCGCCGACACGACCGUCUCGGCCAUCUGCUCCUUCUUCCUAGCAAUGAUGUGUUUCCCGGACGCACAGAGGAAGGCACAGGCUGAGAUCGACCGAGUCAUAGGCAACGAUAGACUUCCAACCCUCGCUGAUCGCGACGAACUACCUUAUAUCAGGGCGCUCAUCUGGGAGGUUCUACGAUGGCAGCCAAUCGCUCCACUCGGUGCACCCCAUUCCCUGAUCCAGGACGACACGCAUGCCGGGUAUUACCUACCGAAAGGGACCACAGUCAUCACCAAUAUAUGGGGAAUGCUCCGCGAUCGCACGCGGUACACAGAUCCUGAGGUGUUCAAUCCCGAUCGCUUUUGUCCCUCAAACGAUGUAGAACCUGAGUACGAUCCCAGGCAGAUCGUAUUUGGAUUCGGCAGACGAGUGUGCCCGGGCUCGCAACUUGCGGAGACAUCUCUUUUCCUUAUUUGUGCCUUGUCUCUGGCUGCGUUUGAAAUCGCCAAACCGGUCAUCGACGGUAAUGUCGUGGAGCCCUCGAUGGAGUAUACGACGGGAACCAUCAGUCAUCCACUUCCGUUUGAAUGCUCGAUCAAACCUCGCUCAGCUAAGGCCUCCGCCCUCGUCGCAGCAAUGCGCGAUUCUCUCUGAGAUUAUGGAGCUGUCAUGAGGAUACCUCGAAGUGGAGGUGACAACUGACACAGCGUUGUACUUGCGUGGUUUCGACAUGUGGUAUAUCCGAUAUUGCUAUGGUCAUUCGCCGUCAUUGCACCUUGAA